CCCCGCACUGCUACCGAAAAGGAUGCCAAAGUGAACACCCUCUGCAAAAAAGUGCAAACCCCAUUAGAACCACCCUUUCAUAAAACACAUCACCAAGACCUAUCCUCAUUCGCCCAUAAUCAUCCCUCAGGAGCCCUUUGCCGAUUCAUUGUUUCUUUGCAUCCCUUGCAUUCCUUUUUGACCGGACAAAUGUCGCAAGUGGACCCUAGCCAAUGGACGAGGUGGUUUUGGCUGCUGCGCCCACGGCCAAUUGAGAGCACUGCUGAGUUUCGCACAACUCAGUCUCUGCAAGAUGUACACAUCGAUCCUGCCGCAUCUACGCGCGCAGAGGAGUGCUCAGAAAAGCAGCCACUACUAGAUGACCAGGACGAAGAGCACUUCAGCCAGCCUCAUGAAUACUUGCGUGAUGGGUCGCAACUCUAUUGUCAUCCACUCCAGCUACCCACAUCUCAUGAGAGCAAGGAACAAGUCGAUACUGGCCUUCUUGACACAACACCUUAUACCUACCAUUCAAGGCAUCAUAACAAGGGUCUAUUUCGACUUCUGGGGCUGGUCAAUGUUCUGGUUUUGAUGCUCAUUCUCCUCUUUUGCGUCGCUGUCUUGAAUCUGCUCUCUUGGUCCACUUGGCCUUCGAUGACAACCAAGGAUAUACAAGCUUCAUCUGCGGACUCGGCGCCGACGACCGGUUCUUCCAGAUCCACAUCAUCCAACGGGAGGCCCUCUGUCGAUCAGUCCUCCUCUCCCGAAUCUGAAUCGCCCUUCACAGCACUAAUCAACAACCACCGCAAACCCGGGCAUCGCGACCAACCCAAACUUCCACUCCCCGCCAAACGUAUCCCUCGACCACUCACCCUCCACAACGAAACACUCAUCGACAACUAUCGAUGGAUGCAUUACAUCGAUCAGGACCCCGACGUAGAGACGUAUAUCAAGGCCGAAACCGAGUACACGAACGCAUGGGUUGAGCAGUCUGGCACCAAGGCUCUGCAGAAGCAACUGGAGCAUGAAAUGGCGCAGAUCAGGAGCGCUAUGGCAAGACAGCCUAUCCUGACGGGUCCGUCGUCACCAAGACCACCACCGGUUGAUUCGGUCAAGGUUUCUGAACACAUGAAACCGCAUGAGAAACAGCGCCUGGAGGGGACACAGUUCUGGGAUUUAGAUUCUUGGCGGUAUUGGCUGGAUGACUCGGUGGGCGAUUAUGGCGUUUACAAGCGAAGGCCCAUAUCGAGAAACACGCACGGUAUCGCGCCGCCAACUCUUGCGAAUUCGCUCCAAUCUCAGACAGCCCUUAGCGGUACAUCCUUUAAAAAGAAGGCGGAUGGUAACGAGGAUCGAUCAUCGUUCGACGCGAAAGGGUGCUCUUCAGACCCAGUGUCUUCUGCGGAGGUCCAGUUGGUCCUGGAUGUGAAUCGGCUUGCCAAGAAGCAGAUCCGUAAGAAGCACGGGAAGCAGCUCACGAUAGGGUCUGUCGAGAUCCAGCCCAAGGAAACCAUUUUGGGACGCGAUGGCGCUUUUAUGGAAGGAUUAGGAUAUCACAGAAUGGCAAAGUCAGAAGACAAGGAUAUCUAUAUGGCCUAUACAUAUGGUGUCUCUGGUGGAGAACGAUAUUAUAUUCAGAUUGCGACUUUAUCUGCCGACACUGAUGCCAAAACUGCAAAGGAGGCUGAGGCGAUGGAUAAGGGACACUUAUUGAUGAUCAAGAAUGCUGCCAUAAAGGAUGCUGGUUCAUUCGUGCGGUGGGUCAAGUUGGACGAAUCUCUUUAUUUGUACUUUACGAGACUGGACAAGAAGGGUUUGCCGCGCGAGGUCUGGAGGGUCAAGGUCGACGGUCCCAAGGAGGAUGACAGCCAGCUUGACACACAAGCAGGAAAGGACAAGCCAAAGUACGAACCCGAGAUGGUGAUGCAGGAAAAAAACGGGAGGAACAUACUGUCGGUCUCGUACACUAGCGACCAACGGUUUCUUCUCAUCGAGAGCUCGGGACAGACAAACAGCCACACCUACUUCCUCAGCAUCGACAGCCCAGAGAAAGGGUGGAGUCUCGUCCACAAGGCCAUGGAAAAUGUCAUCUACAAGGUCGAGCACCAUUCCGGAUACUUUUACCUGCACACCAACCACGACGGCGCUACCAAUUUCAAAGUGAUUCGGAUCCCUGUGAAUUACUAUUCCCUGGGCUCUAAUCGAUUUCAAUCGGCCGAAAACGCUGGACCCUCGUUUUUAUGUACAGGGGAAUAUGAAGUCGUAAUCCCCCACGACCCGAACGAAUUCCUAGAACGGCUCGAAGUCUUUGUGGAGCACUUCGUCGCGUGGGUCUGGCGCGGUGGUUUACAGGAGAUCCGGAUCUUUUUGGCCCCGCGGCCUGGUCGCAGGAAGCCAAAGAUCCCACUCUCGGAGGCGCAGAGGAUUCGACCGUACCAUAGGGAUUCCAAGAUCGCGACGGUCAUGCCGGAGAACGUUCGGAAUAAGGGGCAGAGACUGUAUAUUGAUUACUAUUCGACAAAGUUGCGGUACUCGAAUAGUUCGUUUAUUCGACCGUGGGCGGUUUAUGAGUUCGAUAUGCAUUCGGUAUCACAUUUACCGACAGUUGGUGGAGACGAUGACGGUAGGGUGAGGAACGCGACGCGGCUGGUUUGUCAGGAGCCCUUCCCGCUAGGUGUGCGAUAUGGCCAGAGCUCUCACCUGGAACAGGAGUCGAUUACAGAAAUGGAUCCUCUCAGUUCUCGUCUAGAAUCGCCUGUUAUGGAUCCACGAGAGAAGCAGGAAAAGGAAAUGGCAAAGUUCAAGGAGGAACGGAUCAUGGUUCCCUCAAGACACAGAUCCAAGAGGAACAGGACUUGCCAAGCUGACGACUGCAACAAUGGUGAUCAGGAGAAGGAGACCUUGAUCCCAGUCUCAUUGGUCUACCGUGCGUUUCCGGACGGGCGACAGUUUCCAAGACGAGCUGCAUUUGUGGAAGCGUAUGGCGCGUACGGUAAAAUGACGACGCCAGCGUUCGAUCCGCUGGUGGUCUUGCCACUACUUCAUCGCGGACUAUUGUUUGUUCAGAUUCAUCCUCGAGGCGACGGUAUUAUGGGGCCUGAGUGGUACGCGGACGGCAAGGCCGAGCACAAGCUGAACACGUUUUAUGAUGUCGAGGAUGUCCUCCUGUACUUGCGGGACUCGGGCAUGGUAGAGAAAGGAGGUGUUGUAAUGGAGGGAAGAAGUGCAGGAGGUCUCGUAUCUGGAUGGAUCGCCAAUCGGUGGGGUGAGGUUGCUUCUCUAUCCCCUGGCGAAAAGAUUGGUGAUGUUCCGGAGUCAGGAUCGAAGAAUAUCGUCCGCGAGAUGGUCAAUGUGGUGCUCGCCCAGGUACCGUUCAUGGAUGUCAUUGCCGACAUGGCGGACCCUGAUAUUCCCUGGGUGGAGUACGAGUGGGACGAAUGGGGCUCGCCACUGCAGAGCCGAGAGGUCUUUGAGGUGAUGAAGGCAUAUUCGCCAUAUGAUCGUAUCCGAAACCAGCCUUAUCCACCUAUGAUGAUCAUGGGUGGUCUCGCGGAUGGACGGGUGAGUUAUGCGGAACCGUUGAAGUACGUUGCUAAGCUGAGGAGCAUCGACGGCAAAACCAAUGAUUGUCAGCCGUUUGAUAACAAAGACGAAGAGGAACUGGAGGACUCGCGUUGGGAUGUCAGCUCAGAGAGCGAAGAGGAAGAGAGGGAUAGGAUGUGUGCGGGUAAGAAGGAUACGCCUCUACUGCUCCAGAUGGAGGACGGGGGUCGCUUCAGUGGAAACAGUUCACUCUGGAUGGCGUUCUCGUUGUACCAUCUCGGAGCAGAGAAAGUCAUGCCAUUUUCGGCGGUAGCGGACUAGACUACUCUCUAGACUAGAACAAGGAAAAAUCUUCGCAACAAUGCAUUCUACAUUGCUUCCGA